AUGCCAGACAUUGAGGCUCCAACAACUAACGGAUCUGUUCCAGACAUUUCUCAGAAGAGGAAUCGUCCUGUUACUCUCAAGUUCGAGGAUGUUGUGUAUAAAAUCAAGACCAAGAAACAAGGAUUAACAAUUUGGAAAAAGGUGAAAGAAGAAGAAAAAAUAAUCCUCAAAGGAGUGAGUGGCAUGAUUGAACCAGGUGAAGUUCUGGCCAUGCUUGGUCCAUCUGGGAGUGGCAAAACAACUCUAUUAACGGCCUUGGGAGGCCGGCUCGGAGGAGGGAAGCUUCAAGGGACCAUAACCUACAAUGGCGACAAGUUCUCUAACUCGAUGAAGAGAAACACAGGCUUUGUCACUCAAGAUGAUGUUCUCUACCCACACUUGACUGUCACAGAAACCCUAGUUUUCACUGCACUCCUCAGACUUCCCAAUAGUUUCACCAAACAGGAAAAGAUUUUGCAGGCCGAAAGCGUUAUAACACAAUUAGGUUUAACCAACUGUAAAGAUAGCAUAAUUGGGAACACCCUUUUGAGAGGGGUUUCUGGGGGAGAGAGGAAGAGGGUUAGCAUUGGGCAAGAAAUGCUGGUAAACCCUAGCUUGCUUUUCCUAGACGAACCUACGUCCGGCCUUGACUCGACCACAGCUCAGAGGAUCGUGUCGUGUUUGUGGGAACUAGCCAACAAGGGUAAAACUGUUGUCAUGACCAUACACCAACCUUCUAGUAGGUUGUAUUACAUGUUUCAUAAGGUUAUGUUGCUAUCUGAAGGAAGCUCAGUGUACUAUGGUAAAGGAUCUGAAGCCGUAAAGUAUUUUUCUAGUAUUGGGUUUUCCCCAGCUGUUGCCAUGAACCCUGCAGAUUUCCUUUUGGAUCUUGCAAAUGGUGUCUACUCCAAUGAAUCAACAGAACAUCAUGCUUUAAUCAAGAGUAAAUUGAAAUCCGAAUACACGAACCGCAUUGAGCCUCAAUUGAAAGCAGAGCUUCAAGAGAGAGGCGUCUCUGGUCAAAGUCAGCAAGAUCGGCCUCAAGACAGAGAAUUUGGGAGGUGGCCUACGACAUGGAGCCAGCAAUUGUUUGUGUUACUUAGAAGAGGAGUCAAAGAGAGAAGGCAUGAAUCCUUCUCUGGCCUGAGGAUUGCUCAGAUACUCAUAGUUGCAACUAUCGCAGGACUUUUAUGGUAUAAGUCUGAUAUAUCACACUUGCAGGAUCAAGUGGGGCUUCUAUUCUUUGUUGUAAGCUUCUGGGGCUUCGUCCCUAUGUUCCAUGCCAUCUUCACCUUCCCUCAAGAAAGAAUGAUGCUUCAGAAAGAACGAUCUUCCGGAACUUACAGACUCUCUUCAUACUUCAUGUCAAGAAUCGUGGGUGAUCUUCCAAUGGAGCUAGUUCUUCCCACGAUCUUCCUUACCAUCACUUACUGGAUGGCAAGCCUAAAACCCAGCCUCUUAAGCUUCUUCUUCACUCUCCUUAGUCUCUUGUUCGCUGUCCUGGUCUCACAAGGCCUAGGCCUAGCCUUAGGUGCUUUGCUCAUGGAUCAGAAAACAGCAACCACACUUGGCUCUGUCAUCAUGCUCUGCUUCAUGCUGGCUGGUGGGUUCUUCGUUCAAAAUGUGCCAAAGUUUAUAGCUUGGAUCAAGUACGUGUCUAUCAGUCAUUACACUUUCAAGCUCUUUGUGGGGUCCCAGUAUGGUGUUAGGGACACGUACCCUUGUUCUGAAGGGCAGUGUUUGGUUGCAGAUUUCCCUUCUAUAAAGCAGAUGGGGGUUGGUUUGGAAGGCCAAAUUGUGGCUGCACUGGCUUUAGGGGUAAUGCUGGUAGCUUAUAGACUUUUGGCUUAUGCUGCUCUUAUGAGGAUUGGGGUCACAAAGAAAUUGAGUUAG